CGCACGGUCUUUCUCUCAGCAUCUCGGUCAGCUUCGUUGUGCUCAGUCUCUCUGAGGAGGAGGAGGAUGCACAGCACCACGGUUAGGCGGAACCCAUUCGGUUUAAACGGAACAGCAGAAGAUUGAACAAUUACAUUUACACCGCAUACAUCACAGUCACAAUAUCAAUAAAACAAUAUCAGCGUCUGUUAUGGAACUAAAGAAGUCCAUCACGGAUAACGAGAGGAGCUACGGCGCUGUGCGCGAGACCAAAUGGAGCAAAGACGAAGGUCAGAUGGACGUAUCCAUGGCUGAGAGCUCCAUGACUCCAGAUGAGAUCGAGAUGGAGAUGACCAGGAUCCAGAGGCUCAGGGAGGUGCUUGUCAGAAGGGAGUCAGAGCUCCGCUUUAUGAUGGACGAUAUUCAGCUGUGUAAAGACAUCAUGGGCUUGAAACAGGAGCUGCGUAAAAUUGUAGCAGUGCCAGAAAAGGAAAAGAGUAAGAAGCAGCGACAAAAAGAGGAAGAGCUGAUUCAGAAGAUCCAUAAGCUGGUGGAAAAGAGGGAUUUCCUAGUGGAUGAUGCAGAGGUGGAACGAUUGAGGGAGCAAGAAGAGGACAAAGAGAUGGCAGAGUUCCUCAGGCUCAAGCUCAUGCCACUGGACAAACUGCCCAGAGUCACACAGAGUCCCCCAAAAGCGAAAAAGCCGACCCCAGAACCUCCGCCAUACAAACCGUCCAUUACCAAGAGCAGCGUAGCAGUCAUAAAGGACUGCUGUGGAGCUACACAGUGUGCCAUCAUGUAAAACCUCUCCACGUUACAGCUAGUAUGUUUCAGAAAGACAUAAUCUUAUCUUGGGUUGGUUAGGCUGAUAGUUUUUUUUCAUUUUUGCAUUUACAUAGCAGGAUGUGCUGCCAUUGUUCAUUUUAGAAGCGCCAGGACUCAUUUAAAAUGAUUUACCUUGCAUUAAAGCAUUUUUAUUGCUGUAUAUAAAAUGUGAGAUGAUGUAAUUUGGCUCUAAUUUUAAAAAAAUUGUGUUGGUUGGAAAUGUUAUGAUUGAUGAGAUGUCCCGGUUCCACAACGUAACAUAAACACUGUAAAGUUCUGAGAAUUCUAGUAACCGCUUCAGGAAGGAUCGGAAUCUCUAGUAUUUCAAGUUCUAGAUCUCUUUUUAGAAUUUUAGUAAUCGGAUCUGAAGCGGUGUUGCAUUCUGGAAUGACCAGUAAAUCUAGAAUACUACUCAGUAAGGAUCUGGUGCAUUUGUUAGUGUGUGUUAUCCCAAACAAAGAACGGGUGGUGAUGCCUGAUAACUGCCCCCUUUUUAACCACAAAACCAUCUGCUCCAUUUCAUCUCUAAAGAUCUAGAAGACUGAACAUUUACAGUAUCUUCAGCAUCAGAGUUCUGGAUAACAGGUUUUUCAUUGCUAUGGCAACAACUCAUAAAAAGUUAUAUGCAUGGCCAUGACAAGUGAACAGACCUGAAUAAUGUGGAGCCUUUAAAGAAUACUGUUGAAAAAGAAAUAAAUCUUAAACAGUGGUCAGUGAGGGGAAAAAAACACUUGAACACUGUAGAAACGCCUAAAGGACGAUUCUUCGACUUUGUCCACAUGUAUUUGAAAACUGUCCUUUUAUGCAAGUUUGAAACAUCAAGAGAUGAUGAAGUGAACAAAGUACUUCAAAAUACAAACAGGGCAUAACCAUCAUCUUUACGUCUUGCCAUGCAGUACUGUGUGACAUGGCACCCAACAUUAAUCUAGGUGAAGUUUACUAUUAAUGCAAAAGCAGAGCAGUCUGCAAUCUGAGCUCGGAGAAUAUCUCAAGCGGCAGGAGUGCACGUGGUCUUAAAAACUCUCUCAUAGUAUGUAAACAAAAAGGUAUUCAUGAGUGUGAUGCACUGACGUCAACAUGUAGAUAAACCCUUGUAUAAGAGAGUGUGCACAAUGCUAUUAUGAAUUAUAUUCAAUAGGGGGAUCAUUAAUUAUGCUAUAAUUUAAUUAACUGCCCCAGUACAAACACUUGUGCUAAUUUGCAUGUUGGCCUAGAAGAACGUUACAAGCACAAUAUAUAUAUAUAUAUACAUGUUCCACGAAAGGACACGUUACUUGGGUUAACGUGUACACAAGAACACACAUUUUCACACCAAGUUCUCAAGGUCUGUGCAUUUCCCCUUGUCAGUUCUACACCUUACUGAUUUGAAAAACGUACUACUACUUUUUUUUUUUAAAUUAGCUGCGUAUUUUCCAGCGAAGGUCUAAAUCUACCGUUUCUCACAUAUUUGCUGCGAUUCUUACCAAUAGGAUGAAACCGGUUUAGACCCAAGCAACAACCAUAUCGGACUUCAUUUCCAUCGCCUGUGAACAGAACACUUUUCCACACAAACACAGGGUGUCUGUGUUAUUUUCUUGCUUGCAAGUUCUUUAUGUUGUUGCACAUUUAGUGUUUUGUGAGCUUCUUUUUUCCCUUCACAAAAGAUCUGACUGCAAAAUUCAGGAACGUUACAGAACACGACACUAGAAAACGUUCAUGAGAUUUGCACAAGCACUUAAACGUUAUUUGUAAAUAUGUGUUCCAAUAAAAGCAUCUUUCAGGAGAUUGUUAUUGGUCUGUUUUUGUGUUGUGUUUGGAAAAGACCAUUUUGGUUCCAACAGAAAUGGAUCAUGGUCAUAGAAUAACCGUAACAGUGCAUAGUGAGAUUAUAUACACACCAAAAGGCUCAUGUAGAAAUGAUGUCUUUAGCAUUGUGUGAAUUUGUUCAUUUCAUGUAGCUUUUCGGUUUGGCUUUUUUGUAAUGUUCAGAAACAGCUGUAAUUGUUAGCAAAAUGCUGCAGUAUAACAUACAAUUGAGGACACAAUGUUGGUGAUGUUCUCAGAACAUGAUCCACUUCAAGGCGGUUUACAGGAAGUCCACUUAGAUAUCUGGACACAUCAUACCACUGUUUGUUCAGUUAAACAUCAACACCAGGAUUUUGGGUAGGAAUUUUUCAUAACCUCCAGCUUUAAUAAGAAAAACUUCAGAGUCGAAACUGAUGCUUGUGAAAUUUAUUAACUGAAAUAUUUCGGGCAAUUCACAAAAACAGUGAAAUGGUGUAAUGGCUUAAUUAUGGGGUGAGUAUGACCAGAGGAAGAAGGUGCAAUAACAUGCAACUCAAAUACAUCAGCAAGAACCAAAAAAGAGGCAUGAGACAAUUCCGGGUUAACGUGAAAACAUUCUGCUUCUGAUGAGAGACUAACUGUACGGUCGUCUUUACACUGUGCGUCAUUUCACCCGAGAGCAUUUCCCCUAAUUAGUGUAAACACUUGCUGUAUUUUUCUACUGAACAUUUAUCAAUUCUGCUAAGAUACAUCAGGAUG